ACUUGUGACAUCGGUUCGCCAUCCCCCGACAAUAAACAGCACAACUGAAAACGGAAACGUUUUCUUUCGACCAUAACCUCGUAGAUAUUUAAACAUCCCGAAAUUCCAAAUUCAUUUCCCUUCCGGGCUUAAAGAGGGAGAGCCGUGGCAAUGAAGAAGUUCUCGAUCUCAAUACUCAUAACAAUCUCACUCCUCCCCUUUCUCUGUUCUUCGUUCUCACCGGAAUCCCCAACCGAUCGCCGGAUUUUAGUCUUGCUUGAUGACUUUUCUCUCAAAUCCUCCCACUCCAUUUUCUUCAACUCACUCAAGUCUCGGGGAUUCGACCUCGAUUUCAAGCUUGCCGAUGAUCCCAAGCUUGCGCUUCAGAGAUAUGGCCAGUACUUGUAUGAUGGCUUGGUUCUCUUCUCUCCUGCUGCUGAGAGAUUUGGAGGUGCAUUGGAUUUAACGGCUGUGCUUGACUUCGUCGACUCGGGACAUGACUUGGUUGUAGCCGCUGAUGCUUCUGCAUCUGAUUUGAUUAAGAGCAUCGCCACAGAAUGUGGAGUUGAUUUUGAUGAGGAUCCAUCGGCUAUGGUCAUCGAUCACAAAAACUAUGCGGUCUCAGAGAUCGAAGGUGAUCAUACGUUGAUUGCUGCAGAUGUUUUCAUUCAAUCUGAUGCUAUACUGGGAAAAACUGAAAUUGAGGCCCCUGUACUUUUUAAAGGUGUUGCUCAUUCUAUAAAUGCAGCCAAUCGCCUGGCCUUGAAAGUCCUUUCAGCUUCUUCUUCAGCAUAUUCAGCCAAUCCUAGUUCCAAGUUAUCAAGUCCUCCGUCACUCACUGGAGCUACCAUCUCAUUAGUUUCAGUAGUGCAGGCCAGAAACAAUGCUCGAAUUAUGAUUACAGGCUCCAUAGAUAUGUUUAGUAACCGGUUUUUCAGAUCAGGUGUGCAGAAUGCUGAGAGCACAAUAAAAUAUGAGAAAUCUGGUAAUGAGCAGUUUGUGACUGAACUUACCAAAUGGAUCUUCCAUGAAAGAGGUCAUCUGAAGGCUGUUAAUGUUAGGCAUCACAAAGUUGGGGAAACUGAUGAACCUGCAAUGUAUAGGAUCAAAGAUGAUCUGGAAUUUUAUAUUGAGAUAUAUGAAUGGUCUGGAAAGAGCUGGGAACCAUAUGUCGCCAAUGAUGUUCAGGUUCAGUUCUACAUGAUGAGCCCUUAUGUGUUGAAAACCCUAUCAACCGACGAUAAGGGUCUGUAUCAUACAACAUUCAAGGUGCCUGAUGUGUAUGGAGUUUUCCAGUUUAAGGUCGAGUAUCAGAGGCUUGGAUAUGCGAGCUUGUCUCUUUCCAAACAGAUUCCAGUUCGGCCCUUCAGACACAAUGAAUAUGAGAGAUUUAUAACAACUGCCUUUCCCUAUUAUGGAGCUUCUUUUGCUACGAUGGCUGGCUUCUUUGUCUUCAGUUUUGUUUACUUGUACAGUAAGUGAAGUCCUACCAUUAAGAGGAUUGAAUUAUGUUGGGAUGAUUAAUGUUUCUUUCAAGCCUUUAGGAGAGAAAAAAUUGAGGGCUCCUUUUGCAAAAUUUUCUUCACAAAUUUAUUACAUGAAACAGAAUUAGGGUAUAACAUUAAUGUACUGAAGUAUGUAGCAUCAGUUUCAGCUCUCAUUCUGCCUUGUCGCUGGUUAGUAGUAUUAGGAGAGCUGGAUUCCAGUUUAGUAGGGUCUAUUUGAGGUCGGGUCCAAUCAGUGGAUUGCUGUGACAAGAUUAUAUCUUCUAAAUUUUUCGGAAAUUUGUAAGUAUGAUUUAGUUUCUGGUAUUGCCGGUUAUUAACCA